AUGAGCAAAGAAGAUAAAAUAACUCAACAAUGUAUUCAAAGAUUGGAAGAAUUAUUAAAAUUGGAAGAAAAUAGAUAUUGUGCUGAUUGCAGUUCAAAGAAUCCAAGAUGGUGUUCAACCAAUUUAGGUAUUUUUGUUUGUAUAAAAUGUUCAGGUAUUCAUAGAUCAUUAGGUGUCCAUAUCUCAAAGGUUAGAAGUGUUACACUUGAUAAAUGGAAUUUUGAAUUAUUACAACAAAUGGUUGAUGGAGGUAACAAAAAAGUGAAUCAAAUCUAUGAAGAGUUCAUGCCAGCUCACUAUAGAAAACCAGAUCCAAACACUGAUACACACACUUUAGAACAAUUCAUUAGAAGUAAAUAUGAAAGAAAAGAAUUUAUGAGAAGAGAUAUUAGUUCUCGUACUGGAAAUAAUAAUAAUAAUAAUAAUAAUAAUCAUCACCAACAACACCAACAACAACAACCAAGACGUGAAAACUAUGGUGGUAAUAGUGGAGGUGGUUUCUCUUCAACAAAUAAUGUAGAAUUACGUUCAUACUCACAAAAUAAUAAUAAUAGCAAUGGCUAUAACAAUAACAAUAAUAACAAUAACUACAACAACAACAAUAACAACAAUAGUAAUAAUAAUAAUAAUAAUAAUAAUAACAGAGGAUAUUCAACUACUAACCCAAGUAAUCAAUCACAUGGAUUUGUUAGACCAUCAAUAGCAAAUGGUUUUGCAACAACUGAAUUUAAUAAUCAUAACAAUAACAAUAACAAUAGUAAUAAUAAUAAUAAUAAUAAUAAUUUCAAUAAUAACAUAAAACCACCAACACCAGUUCAAACAAAGAGUAAUGUAUCAUUAAUUGAUGACCAAUGGAAUAGCGCACCACAAGGUAAGAAAUCAUUAAUCGAUGAUGAUUUCAAUGGUCCAUCUGUUGCACCACAACAACAACCACAUAGUACCUUUGAUCCAUUUGUUGGUUCAAAAGUAAGCAGCAAUGGUGCUAACAAUAACAAUAUCAAUAUGAACAACAAUAUGAACAACAAUAUGAACAACAAUAUGAAUAAUAAUAUGAACAACAAUAAUAUGAAUAAACAACCAUUUAAUAAUAAUGGAUUCCCUACACCACCAACUGGUAUGAAUAGUAUGAUGGGAGGUAACAAUAAUAACAAUUUCAAUAUGAUGAAUAAUGGUGGUGGUAUGAUGCCAAUGAAUAAUGGUAUGAUGAACAAUGGUGGCAUGAUGAAUAAUGGUGGUGGUGGUAUGAUGCCAAUGAAUAAUGGCGGUAUGAUGCCAAUGAAUAAUGGUGGUAUGAUGAACAAUGGUGGUAUGUUGAAUAAUGGUGUUAUGAUGAACAAUGGUGGUAUGAUGCCAAUGAAUAAUGGAGGUAUGAUGGGAGGAUUUGGUGGUAUGAUGCCAAUGAAUAAUGGUGGUAUGAUGGGUGGUGCUAACAAUAUGGGUGGCAUGAAUUUAGGAAUGAAUGCUAUGUCUCCAAUGGGUGGUGCUCCAAUGAAUAACAAUAUGGGCGCUAUGAAUUUAGGAAUGAAUGCUAUGUCUCCAAUGGGUGGUGCUCCAAUGAGGUCACCAGCAGCUGCUGGAAAUAACUCUUUCAAUAUUACUCCAACUUCUGCUACUCCAACUCCACCACAACCAUCUCAAUUCUCUUCUUUGGAUUCUUUAAUGUUUACUUCAUCCCCAUCUCAACCAAAACAAUCACAACCAUCUCAAUCAUUUGGUAACAAUUUCCCAAUCACUGCAAAUAAUUCAAAUAACAACAAUAAUGUUAAUAGCUUAUUCUUUUAA